AUGCAUCAUCAGUCUUCAAGUGUGCCUGCAUUUCUCAGUAAACUGAGAUUGCUUGUGGACGAUGCCAAAACAGAUGCAUUUAUUUAUUGGGAUCCUAGUGGAAAGAGCUUUCAUAUUCGAGAUGGAAAUCGCUUGGCCAAAGACGUUUUACCGAUGCUUUUUAAGCACAAUAACUUGUCUAGCUUUAUAAGGCAAUUAAAUAUGUAUGGUUUCCGAAAGGUAAAUCGAGCAGAAACAUAUGUCGGCUUCAGCUCUGAUUCUGAGAACAUGGAAUUUUGUCAUCCUUAUUUUAUCCGCGACGAUGAAUCCUUAAUGACCAAAAUUCAAAGGAAACAUCCAAAUUAUGGUUUUCCAACGAGUAUGCUCUUGCAGAAUAUGCGAACGGGUGAUGCUGCUUCUUUAAAUGGUUCUCGAGAAAAUUCGUCAAUUAACCAUCCAGGUCGAUAUGCCUUUAGCUCCGAUUUUAACCAACUUGCAGAAGUUGUACGCCAGUUAAAAUUACGUCAAGAAGCCACUAAUCAGCAGUUUACGCUUUUGCGCCAAGAAAACCAGUUUCUCCAUCGUCAAAUUAAUUCACUUAGGACCCAAAUUGAACGCCAAGGAAAUCUAAUCCAAACGCUUUUUAAUGUUCUCUCUGCGUUCACUAUGGACACGCGAGGUAAUAAGAUACGUCUGUGUCCUGCGAAACGCAAGUUGGCUAUUACUGGUGCUCCGAGUUCGGGCGAAGUGGAGUACAAUAUUGAUCCAAAGACAAUAACCGAGGGAAGACGUAUUCUGGCUUCGAAUCCGCACUUUGCGCAAAUAUUUUUCCCCCAAAGCGGUUCUAAUUCUCCUGAAAUUUUCUCUCCAUCCAAUUCAUCGGUUGUUGAAAUGGUACCUAGUCCUUCUACGUCAAGUGGUACACUUCCACAACCCCGCAUUUUAGCUAUUCAAGAUGUUCCAGCACAUUGUACAGACAAGUCGAUUCAACCUGGUUCCUCCAAUGCUAACAAUUCAGUGCUUCAAACUGAUGAUAAUUUUCGAUCAUCUAAACGUCCUGAGGAUGUUUCUAUUGACCAGGACUUCAUUGAUUCUGAUGAACCCUUAAACUGUAUUGAAAAUACCUCUUUGAAGGCAGCCGAAGAGGAUGCUCAGGACUUUGGCUAUCCCUUUGAUCCAUUGGAUAAAUUUUCUCCCAAUUAUCGCCUCUCCGACAUUGAACCUAGCAUAUCAAAUGUCUUUGAGCCUUUUCCGUUGUUUGAUCAGGAUCCUUCCGCUUUUCAGCCACCACAACAUUCUCAAACGUCCCCAAAUGGUAGUGACAAACAGCACGCCAAUGCAGACACUUCUUCUAUGCCCAAGAAAAGACGUGUCAUUGCAAUUCGAGCUUUGCCAUCUGCUCAAUCUGGAUCCCAUAGAGUACAAACAAUACCAAGAUCACGAAGGAGAAAAGGCACCACACCUCUCUUUUUCUCACAAAACGCAAACACCAACAAUUCCACAUCACAUAAUGAUCCUCCGGAUUCUUUCACUUGGAACCAUUCUUCUGAUCAAGUCGUAGAUGAUGGACCCCUUAUGAAUGAUGUUUCAAUGAACCCAGGUGCAAGUGGCACUGUCACUGAAGACGGGUCGGUAGAUGAAUUGACAAACGACAAUGAUAAUGAUGCGACAAUGAAUGAUUUUGUCAAUGACCUUUUGCUUGGUCCGAACGAUCCCCAUAUUUUUGAUGGGCUCUUUGGCGCUUCUCCUCUCAAAUCAAUCGGAAAUUCUCCCUUACCUUACUAUCAUCAUCAUGAUGACACCAUUCCUGAUUCUCAUUAA